CUGUGCUUAUAUGGAAAACAUCGAUAACCCCAACGCGAGAGAGAGUCCGUGAUUCUUACCUUAUCAUCUCAGCCAUCACCGUCUCUCGCCUUCUCGCUCUCUCCUCAAACACCAAACCCAAUCCAAAACCCACCUUCACCAACCAAUAAAACCUAAUCCCUAUACGAAACCUAAUCGAGCUCUCGAAUUCUCAAUCGCGCCUCACUUUCUAAAACCAGAACUCGGACAUCCAUGGACGGCAAGGCAACUGCAACCGACGUCAUGUCGCAUCAUUUAUCGGACUCAACAGGUUCUUCUCUGUUUUAUCCGUCUAAUGAUUCUGUAGUUGAUACUUCAUUGGAAAAUGAUGCUCUGGAUGCUGACAAUAACAAAGCUAGUGCUGAUGGGAAAAGUAGUAGCAGUAGCAGUAGCAGUAGCAGCAGUAGCAGUAGCAGUAGUAGCGAUGGUGGUUUUGUGAGUGGUGAGGAAGAUUUUGAGACGGCGUCGGAGAGGCCGGGUAUGGGAGACCCGGUUGAGGAGACCCUAGAGAAUCCCGUCGAGGGUGACGAUGUUGAUGGCCCUUUUGUGGAUUCUCCAGAGGUGUUGGUGGCGAAGGAUUUUUCGCCCAUUUUAGAUGUAGUGGCGUUUGACAAUGAUGAAAAUGAUGUUGUAGGAGAUUCGAAAAUGGGGAAUUUGAAAAAUUCAGAGGUGGUUGAUGCUGGUAAGGGUCUAGAGGUGGAUAGGGAUGAAGAGGGAAUUUUGAUGAAGGGUGAGAUAGGUCACGUGAGUGAUGAAGAGAUGGAGUUUACGGUGGAAAAGGAAAAGGUGGAGGAUAAGAACCCCCAUGAAUGGGUGGAAGGAACGGAACUGAUGAAAGAUGGAGGUUCUAUUGAAGGGAACAAAAUUGAUGGCCUUGUGGGUGAAGAAUCUGCAGUUGUGGGGGAAACUAAGAAAGAGAGUAAUGGAGUUAUGGAAGAAAAUGUAAUUGUUGGCAACAAAAAUGAGUCAGGGGAUGAUGUGUUGGUUGAAACAGAUGGUGGAGAGUUUGCUAGUGGAGGGGAAGAUAAGGGGGCUCUGGUGGAAAUGGGGGAGAGGAAGAAUGAUGAUCUCGACAAAUUGGUGCUUGAGAAGCUAAUGAAAGAUGGAGGGUCCAAUGAAGGGAUCAAAAUUGAGGGCCUUGUUGAAGAAAAUGCAAUGGUUGGCAACAAAUAUGGGUCAGUGGAUGAUGUGUUGGUUGAAACAGAUGGUAGAGAGUUUGCUAGCGGAGGAAAAGAUAAAGGGGUUCUGGUGGAAAUGGGGGAGAGGAAGAAUGAUAAUCUCGAUGAAUUGGUGCUCGAGAAGUUGGUGGUUGAAGGAACCGAGUUGAAUAACGACGGGGGUGCUGUUGAGGGGAACAAAAGUGAAAGUUUUGAUGGCAAAGAAUCUAUACCGUUGGAGAAAACUAAUGAAGAAAGCAAUGGAGUAGCUGGUGGUGAAGAAAAUAUGAAGGCGGGUGAUGAAAAUGGGUUAGCUGAUGAUAAGUUGGUUGAAGCGGUUGGCAUGAAAUUCACUAGUGGAGGGGACUCUGUUGUUGAAGCUUUGGAUGUUGAUUUGGUUGGUUCAGGAGUGGCUGUUUUUGGUGAUGUCGAGGGAAAUAAGGAUUUUGAAUCCAGUGCAGAAAUUCAGGGUGAUAGAAGUGUGAGUCUGGAAAAUAUUAGUAGUGUUACUGAAGAACUUGUUGGAUCUGCAGCGGAAUUUGACAAAAAUGUUGAACCAAUAACUGGUGCUGGAGCUCCAGAAAUCGAGGCUGAUGGUAAGAACUCUGGUGUUACUGCUUUGGGCCAAAAUGAAAAUUUGCAUGUUGGUGGUGGUGUUCAUAAUACCGUGAUGGCAAACAAGGAUCUUGCAUCAGAAGUUGAAGUAUCCAUUGACGAGAGUGGAAAUGCGGGGUUCAUCAACAAUGAUGAGCAACUGGUUGCAGAAGGCAAGCUCGAAGUUGAUUUUGGAGCCAAGCCAAGUGAGGUGGAUGCAGUUUCAAAGACCAAAGUUGGGCUAGAUGCCGAAGAUGAAAGGAAGUAUCAUCAUGAUGAGGACGGCGAGUUUGGAGGCUCAGAUACUGAUGAAGAGACUGAAGGUAUGGUAUAUGGUAACUCUGAAGUUGCCAAACAGUUCUUGGAGGAAUUGGAACGAGGAACUAUUGGUGGUUCUCACUCUGGUGCGGAGAGUUCUCAUGAUCAUUCACAGAGAAUUGAUGGUCAGAUAGUUACAGAUUCAGAUGAAGAAGUAGACACAGAUGAUGAAGGAGAGGGGAAGGAGUUAUUCGAUUCAGCUGCAUUGGCAGCUCUCUUAAAAGCGGCAACUGGUGCUAGUUCAGAUGGUGGCAACAUCACUAUAACAUCUCAAGAUGGAUCAAGGCUAUUCUCUGUUGACCGUCCUGCUGGUUUAGGAUCCUCUAUUCGAUCAAUGAGACCUGCCUCACAGUCAAACCGACCAAAUUUUUUUGCUCCUGCGAGCCUUUCAACUGGCUCGAGCUCAGAGAUCAACUUAAGUGAAGAAGAUAAAAAGAUGCUUGAGAAGUUGCAGCAAAUAAGAGUAAAGUUUUUGAGGCUUGUUCAGAGGUUAGGUCAAUCUGCUGAAGAUUCUAUAGUAUCCCAGGUUCUGUACCGUUUGGCAUUUGUUGCAGGACAACACACUGGUGAACUUUUUAGUCUUGAAACUGCAAAAAAGACAGCUACACAGCUUGAAAUUGAGGGAAAAGAUGAUCUGAAUUUCUCCUUGAACAUACUGGUUCUUGGGAAAUCAGGGGUGGGCAAGAGUGCAACAAUAAAUGCUAUUUUUGGUCAGGAGAAGGCCUUAAUUCAUGCUUUUGAACCUGCAACCACUUCUGUGAAAGAACUAAGUGGAAUAGUGGACGGAGUUCAUAUCAGAGUAAUUGAUACGCCAGGCCUGAAAUCUUCUGCAAUAGAACAAGGUGCUAACAGGAAAGUCUUAUCUGUCAUCAAGAAGUUCACAAAGAAAUGCCCCCCUGAUAUUGUGCUCUAUGUAGACAGACUGGAUGCCCAAACCAGGGAUCUUAAUGAUCUACCAUUACUAAAAACAAUCACUGGUUCUCUUGGCUCUUCAAUAUGGCGAAAUGCCAUUGUUGCUUUAACCCAUGCUGCUUCUGCUCCUCCCGAUGGACCAUCUGGUUCCCCUUUGAGUUAUGAGGUGUUUGUUGCUCAACGGUCCCAUGUUGUUCAGCAGUCCAUUGGGCAAGCUGUUGGUGAUUUGCGUCUGAUGAAUCCUAGUCUUAUGAAUCCUGUAGCUCUUGUUGAGAAUCACCUGUCCUGCCGCAAAAACAGAGAUGGGCAAAAGGUACUUCCUAAUGGACAGACUUGGAGGCCUCAGCUAUUGCUAUUAAGUUACUCUAUGAAGAUUUUAUCUGAGGCAAGUACUGUGUCAAAGCCUCAAGAUGCUCUUAACCAGCGGAAGCUGUUUGGCGUUCGAGUCCGCUCACCUCCCCUUCCGUACUUGUUAUCUUGGUUGCUGCAGUCUCGUACGCACCCCAAACUCUCUACUGAUCAAGGGGGUGAUAAUGUCGAUUCAGAUAUUGACACGGUCGAUUUGUCCGAUUCUGAUCAAGAAGAAGAAGAGGAUGAGUACGACCAACUCCCCCCAUUUAAGCCUUUGAGGAAAGCCCAAAUUGCGAAACUUAGCAGGGAGCAAAAGAAAGCGUACUUUGAGGAAUACGAUUAUCGGGUGAAGCUCCUUCAGAAGAAGCAGUGGAGAGAGGAGCUGAAAAGGAUGAAGGAAAUGAAGAAGAGAGGAAAGACAUCUGUAGAUGAAUAUGGUUACACCGGUGAAGAUGAUUCAGAAAACGGAGGUCCAGCUGCUGUUCCAGUUCCAUUACCUGACAUGGUCCUCCCACCUUCUUUUGAUGGUGAUAAUCCUGCUUAUAGGUACCGGUUCCUGGAGCCUACUUCACAGUUUCUUGCUCGACCGGUUUUGGACACACAUGGCUGGGACCAUGACUGUGGGUAUGAUGGUAUCAAUGUUGAACAUAGUUUAGCCAUUGUCAAUCAGUUCCCAGGAGCUAUUACUGUUCAAGUGACAAAGGACAAGAAGGAGUUUAACAUCCAUCUAGAUUCUUCAGUUUCUGCAAAGCAUGGUGAGAGUGGUUCAACCAUGGCAGGAUUCGACAUCCAAAAUGUUGGGAAGCAACUUGCCUACAUCCUUAGGGGUGAGACCAAGUUCAAAAUUUUUAAAAAGAACAAGACCACCGCUGGGGUAUCUGUAACAUUUUUGGGUGAAAAUGUGGCUACUGGAAUUAAGCUUGAGGAUGAGAUUGCACUUGGAAAGCGCCUGGUGUUGGUUGGUAGCACUGGAACUGUUCGAUCUCAAAGCGAUGCUGCUUAUGGAGCUAAUUUGGAAGUGAGGCUGAGGGAAGCUGAUUUUCCUAUUGGUCAGGACCAAUCAUCUCUGGGUUUGUCUUUAGUGAAAUGGAGAGGAGACUUGGCACUGGGGGCCAACCUUCAGUCACAGUUUUCCGUUGGACGGAGUUCAAAGAUAGCUGUUCGUGCAGGAUUGAACAACAAGCUUAGCGGUCAGAUUAGUGUUCGAACAAGCAGCUCUGAUCAGCUUCAGAUAGCACUUGCGGGUCUUCUUCCAAUUGCCAUGGCUAUCUACAAAAGCAUUCGUCCUGGGGUCAGUGACAAUUACUCUAUCUAUUAGACCCUGAUUCAUUUUUGGUUGCUACAUUUAGAUCAUGCAGGAAUUAGGUUGAAUCUUGAGUAUGUUUUACUGUUAAAUAAUGUUAUAUUUCUUCAUGUCGAACUCAUGUUACGUUGGUUUUUGUCAGUGAAUUGCAUUUUUUGGUUGCUACCUUUAGAUCCAGAAGGGAAUAUAUUGGAUUUUGAGUAUCUUAUAUUGCUGAACAAUGGCAUAUUUUCUCUAUUUAUAACUCAUUA